AUGGGACCCACGUGUGCCGAUCCGCCGGUGAUUGCGAACGGAACAUACACACCUGCUGCCGGCCCGUAUACCGACGGUGCUUCUGUAUCAUACCUGUGCGACACUGGUUGGGAGCCAGACGGAGUCUCCGGCCUCCCGUUGAAUUGCACUUCCGGGGCGUGGGACGGCACGCCACCCAACUGUAAAACGGUGCAGUGCGCAGCUGAGAGCGUCCUCCAUGCCGUUCUUAGCCCCAGUCUGGCAAGCUUUGAUUAUGACUCCAAAGUCAACUACAUCUGCGUGACAGGAUAUGAGCUCAAAGAUGGAGAUUUAGAGAGGACAUGUCAGGCAGACAAGACGUGGUCAGGGCUCACUCCCAACUGCUCUAUAAAGAGUUGCGACAAGGUAGAUGUCGCUCACGCGUCUGUAAUCCCAGACCAGCCUAGGUACGAUUACAACAAAACGAUCACGUACACAUGCGACCGCGCCUCCAACCACAUUUCCGGCGACCUCGUGCGCAUGUGUGAUGACACGCCUCAGUGGACUGGCAUGAAGCCAACAUGCACGCUUUUCGCCUGUUUGCCUCCAAACAACGUCUCAUUCGGCACUUUCUCGCCUGUGGAGAUCGUCCAUCUGUUUGACACGAACGUUACCUACACAUGCACAGCCGGGUAUUACAUCAGCGCCGGCGAUCACGCCAUCACAUGUCAAACCGACGGAUCUUGGUCCGGAACCAUACCAACGUGCACACUGGUGCAAUGCCCAACAGAAGUAGUUGUGAACGCCACCUUCACACCCAAUCAGGCAAAACUCGACUACAACAACGUUGUAACGUACACGUGUGACCUUGCUUACAACCACACGGACGGUGACUUGCAGCGCACGUGCCAAGAAAACUUCACGUGGACCGGAAAUACGCCGGUCUGCACGCGAGCAGCUUGUAUACAAGAGAAUUCCACAUUUAUGACGACGACCCCGAACAAUAUUGUCCACGACUUCGGCGUCAAUGUGACAUACGAAUGCGUCAUGGGAUACAAUUAUACUUCCGGUGAGAUCACACGCACCUGCCUGACUAAUGGUUUGUGGACUGGAUCGCUUCCGGCAUGUACAAUUAUAACAUGUCAUUCCCCGCCCACCAUACUGCACGGUUAUUACGCCCCGUUGGAGCCUUCGGGAUCGCACCUGUACAAUACGACUGUGGAGUACACGUGCCAGUUUGGAUACCGUCAUCUGAGCGGGAGCCUUCAGCGGCGAUGUAACGAACUGGAACAAUGGACAGGGGAAACACCCGUCUGUACAAGUAAGUGCACUGCAGGCAACACCACCUUACCCACCACAGCCACAAUCGGCCGUACGACUUGCACAACCCCUUACAACAUUUCCGCCAACGAUUGUUCUAUUAUUCUACCAUCCCAUUGCUAG